CAAGGGAGACCGCAGCCUCAUCUUCAGAUUUCUUGGGCGCGCGGUGAUUGGUGAAAUAGGAACGAACGGUGCUGAAUUGAAGCUGAGAGUCGGUUCAUAUGGAGAAAGGGAUUGCUUCGGGUGGGCGUUUCAGUGAAUCUACAUUUUAAGUUUACAACUGACGGAAACAGGGAAUGUGGGGCACACAAUCACAGAUACAAACAGAAACUGAGCAAUCGAACAUCUCCAGAGUAGCAGAUUGUUAGGGCUUUCCGUUUCAUAGAGAGAUCAAGAUCAGCGGCCAACGAAGAAGAUCGGAAGAGAUGCCGAGUAGCAGGUUUUCAAGUUCAUUCUCGUCUCCGGAUCUAAGCGUUUACAUUGACAUGGGAAAUCCGUUUCUGAACCGUACCGUCGAUGGCUUCUUGAAGAUUGGAACUGUCGCGGCGGCGAGAGUGGCAGCUGAGGAAACGUAUCACUGUGUUAGCAAAGGGAGUAUUUCAAAAAACAACUUGGAGCACUCACUGAAGAAGAUGUGCAAGGAGGGUGCUUAUUGGGGGACUAUAGCUGGUCUCUACGUGGGUAUGGAGUAUGGAAUGCAGAGGAUCCGUGGCACAAGGGACUGGAAAAAUGCAAUGCUCGGAGGUGCAGUAACUGGGGCUGUGGUGUCAGCAGCCAGCAACAAUGGUAGAGACAAAUUCAUGGUGGAUGCUAUUACAGGAGCUGCCAUUGCUACUGCAGCUGAGUUCCUUAAUUAUCUUACUUGAAUGGAACAGAACCGGUACAACUUCCUCAUCUCUACAGAUUGUAAAAAAGAAGGAAAAAGAUCUAAUACUUUGCUUUCUCAUUUUGACUCAACUUUUGGUAUGUAAUGACUAUUAUUUAUCUGAUGAUCAAAUACUGUCUGAAGUUACAAUGUCA